UGGUGACGGAAAGCCUCCGGUUGGUAGGACACUUGGAGGCUGAAGAGAAGCUCGGCUCCUUUCUCCUUCCUAUGCAAGUUAAAGUCUGUUCUGAGACAGUCGGAGCAGUCGGAAGCCGCACGUAAGCUCUAGCCCGUGUGAGAACGUUUCCAUUUAAUCCUGCGACAGAAGACGAAGAGGAGGAACAGGAGACACGGUGACGGUCGCCAUAUUGACCACAUGGCAGCUGUGAAAGAAACCACAGGAAAGAGAUGGAAUAUAUCUCAGCCGACUGUGAGGGAAAAGAGCAGUUUGGUGUGUAUCAGACCGGGAACAAAGAAACUGGUCCCGUCUCUUUGCGGGCCAAGGCACGGAUUUAAGCAGGAUCAGCUCCAUCAUCCCUCCUCAAAGCAACUGCAGGCUCAGAUAAAAGCGGAAAAUGAGGAGGUACAAGAAUUACUUGAGCCUUUAUUGAAUCAAGACAACGCUGUCAUGAAGGAGAUAGAGUCUUUCCUGGCUCAGAAAAACAUAGACGAGCUCAGAAAGAAGGAGCUCAUACACAAGCGCUGGACUGAAAAUGUGUGGUUUCCCAUCCAGACGAGAGUGGAGAAACAUACCGCCUCCUGCUACUUCAUGGACUUCAUGAGACACCAAAUCAUGCACAGUCAUUACCUCCUACACUGUCAAUCUAAGAUAAGAACAACAGGCUCAAGGGAGAUGCGUCAAUUAAAUCUUCAAUUAAAAAAAAAAUUAAGAGAACAGAGACUAUGCACCGCUUGUCAAGCAGAACCUAAACCCGCCUCCAAUAAAACCGUGGCGCAACCUCAGACUGGUUGCUCUCUCGCCAACUCUGAUGUCUCAGGCUAACCAGCUUGUUCAGACCUUGUAGUCUCAUCUGUUUCCUGCAUUCAUCAAAGCUCCAGAAAAGGAUGAAGUCAAGGAAAUCGAAGAAGCUGCCAGUUUUCUAGAUGUGAAUGUUUCCAACCAAGAGGUUUACCACAUCUAAACUCACCCUUAGCAGUGACUGCAUCCAAAUAAAACCUACGUAUGUUGCUGUCACGUAAACUUUCAUUGACAGCUCCCUCCGAGAUCUUCAAGGGUCAAA